AUGGUAUUCCUAAGAACCCCAACGAUAACCUCGGCGCCCAUCUCACCCGAGGCCAAAGCCGCCUUUGGCUCCCGCACAUCACCACUAUGGUGCCGUCAACUCCUCGUCGACUCGCGGCUUUCACCCGUCCUCGUCGGCUGGCGCACGCGCGACCGCGCCCGCACCAAGGAGGACUCGUACCUCUCCGGCGUCAUGAACGACCCCGAUACCAUCGGCGCAUGGCACACCCUCUACCGUCCCCUCCCGGACACCAAUCACAACGACAACAACGACGACAACGGCACGAGCCCCCUGGCCGGCGAGCUGCUUUGCCUGUUUUCGCUCGGUAGCGGUGUCAACGGCCACGUCGAUGUCGCCCACGGGGGGGUCACGGCGGGCAUCCUCGACGUCGCCAUGGGCACCGCCUGCAGCAUCUUCAGCACAGAGGGCGACAGCAAUUUUACGCUGGAGCUGAAUAUUCGUUUCAAGAAGCCGCUGGCGACGCCAGGCGUGUACCUCUGCAGGGCGUGGCUGCAGAAGCGGACGACAGGCCGUAAGGCUUGGCUGCAGGCGCUCAUUGAGGAUGGCAAUGGUGAGGUGUAUGCCGAGAGCGAUGCUUUUUGGCUCGAUGUGCCGGCAAAGCCAAAAUUAUGA